UUUUUUUUUUUACAACGGUCCAAAGUAUUAACACUUCCAAGUUCCAAACUUCUAUACGGAUUCGGGCAGCAAAGCUGAAGCCCAUAAGAGCUAUUAAAGGCAAAGCUGAAGCCCACUUUGUAGGCAAGUUUUUGAAGAUGGAGGAGAAUCACAAGGAACUUUUCAGGGAAGUAUUUGGUGAAUCCUCAGACAGCGAAGACAAUGAUUCACAACCAGAACUUAAGCAAAGCAGAUACCUAAUUCCAUCCUGGGAACAGAUCAAGGAAAUUAAUGGAUUAUGGCUGUGCAGAGACUUCCUUUCUCCUCAACAUCAAUCUUCACUGAUUUCCGCCGUGCUAAACGAGGGGUGGUUCACUGAAGAUUCUCACAAUCAGGCCAUGAGAUUUGGACAUCUCCCAGCAUGGGCUACUGAACUUUCUAACUCUAUACGUGAAGCAGUGCUUCUUGGUGAUCAUGUAUCUGAAUCCACAGACUUGGCUAGCUCUAACCAGGGAACCAAACCCUGUCUAUUACCAUCAAAUUUAUUGUGGAGAGAACCUCUAUUUGAUCAACUAAUUGUAAAUGUAUACCAUCCAGGUGAGGGAAUCUGUGCACAUGUUGACCUCAUGCGUUUUGAAGAUGGAAUUGCCAUUGUCUCCUUAGAGUCAUCAUGUGUGAUGCAUUUCACCCGAGUUGAAGGAGGUUCUGAUAUUGUUGAGCAUGGUGAAAGGCUUCCACUUAUAAGAAAGAUUCCCGUUCUCUUGACUCCAGGAUCUCUGGUUCUAAUGUCAGGAGAAGCUCGCUACAUCUGGAAACAUGAGAUAAACCGCAAGCCUGGGAUUCAGAUAUGGGAAGGGCAAGAAUUAAUUCAGGAUAGGAGAAUUUCCAUAACCUUGAGAAAGCUGUGCCAGGUCGACUAGCUUGCCAUCGCUUUGGUUU